AGGAGCUGGUGAGCCCUUUAAGAUGUGGAAAGCAGUCGUGGGACAUGACGUGUCCGUGAAGGUUGAGGCUCAGGGAGACGACUGGGACACUGACCCUGAUUUCGUGAACGACAUCUCCGAGAAAGAGCAGCGCUGGGGAGCCAAAACCGUCGAGGGCUCCGGACGCGCCGAGCACAUCGACAUCCACCAGCUGAGGACCAAGGUGUCAGAGGAGCAUGACGUCAUCAAGAAGAAGGAGCUGGAGACUGGCCCCAAGGCCUCCUAUGGCUAUGGGGGCAAAUUUGGAACAGAGCGGGACCGAAUGGAUAAGUGCGCAGUGGGCCACGAGUACAUUGCUGAUGUUGGGAAGCACUCCUCGCAGACGGAUGCAGCCCAGGGCUUUGGGGGGAAGUACGGAGUCCAGCGGGACCGAGCUGACAAGUCAGCACUGGGCUUUGAAUACAAGGGUGAGGUGGAGAAACACUCGUCCCAGAAAGAUUACUCCAAGGGCUUUGGUGGCCGUUAUGGUGUGGAGAAGGAUAAGGUGGACAAAGCGGCAGUGGGAUUUGACUACAAGAGCCAGGCAGAGAAGCACAACUCUCAGAAAGACUAUUCUGUGGGCUUUGGUGGGAAGUUUGGAGUGCAGAGGGAUCGUCAAGACAAGAGUGCCCUUGGCUGGGACCAUCAGGAGGAAAUGCAACCCCAUGCAUCCCAAACAGACUAUGCCAAGGGGUUUGGAGGCCGUUACGGAGUCCAGAAGGACAGAGUAGAUAAGAGUGCUGCUGGCUUUGAUGAGAUGGCAGCUCCCACCUCCUCGUAUGAAAAAACAAGACCACUGGAGGCAGGAGCUUCCAGUGGCACCAGCAGCCUGCGGUCACGAUUUGAAAACAUGGCUAAGUCAGCAGAGGAGGAGAGCAGAAGGCAGGCAGAGGAGGACCGGGUGAGGCGACAGGCUUGGGAGUGCCAGGCGGCUCGGCGGAAGGAAGCAAAAAGGGAGGAUGAGGAAACGCCACCCACUUUGCCACCGAGGCCGGCAGAUCUGGGUGAAGAGCUGGGCAAGAUCCCCAGCCAGGAUCAGCCCACCUACAGUGAAAGUUUGGAUGUUGGUGGAGACUAUGAGGAGCUGCCAGAGCCCUCUGAUUACUGUGACAGUACCAGUGGAGGUGCUGACUAUGAGGAGCUGCCAGCACCCUUGGGAAAGCUGGAUACAAACUGUGACCAUGGAGGAGAUGGAGGUGAGGACUAUGAGGAGAUCCUUCCUGAGGAGCCCAGCCAGAGCCAGCCCCACCUGGGGGGACCAGGCAAUGUUUAUGAGGUGGAGAGCCCUGGGACCUGUGCAGUGGCUCUCUAUGAUUACCAAGGAGAUGGAGAUGAUGAGAUUUCUUUUGAUCCUGACGACACAAUCACGCACAUUGAGAUGGUCGAUGAAGGCUGGUGGCGGGGGCAGUGCCGGGGCAAAGUAGGCCUCUUCCCAGCAAAUUAUGUGAAGCUUCUGCAGUGAAACCAGCAUUAUCCAAGCUGCUUCCUUCCAAACUUUUGCCUCUCUGCUUCAGCCUUUUACGUGUUACUAGCUUAAUUUGGCUCAGCGUGGUGUGUCUACAUGCAAGAAAUACCAAGGAGCAAACUGGCAGUGUUUGAGGGAAUGUUUUAUCCUGUGCCCAAGAGGACUUUGGUUCCCGUUGACUUCCAGAUGGGAAAGGUGGGGCGGUUUAACAGCAUGUGAGUGCAAUAUAAGACAUCUUUUCUACCUAGGCUGUCCCCCAUGUCCCACACAGCAGAAGUGUGUCCAUUCCUGUUCCCAACAGGGCAAUUCGCAGAAAAGAAACACCAACUCUAAUCAGUCAAGGCAGAAGGGACAUGAGCUAUGGGAUCUUUUUAAGUUGCUGUAGCCCUGGAUCUCACCCUACCCAGGGGGCAAGGAAAAGAGCACUGUGAUGGCCAAACUUGCCUUUGUUCCCAAGAAGGGUUUCCACUUGAUACCGAAAAGCCGGUCAAAGAAACUCUCUAAGACUCGUUUUGGAGUUUUAGAAAGCAGGCAUUCUUCAUUGCAGCACUGGAUGCAUGGGGGAUAAUUCCACCUAGCGUGCAUACCACAGCUUUAGCACAAACAGGUUAUAUAGAAUAA